UCUUCUUCAAAAACACUAGAUACACAAUUUUGUCAAGAAAUGGAGAGGGUGAACAAUUUAGCCUCAGAGAGUGCAGUGGUGAUCUUCAGCAAGAGCUCAUGUUGCAUGUGCCACGCAAUCGAGAGGCUCUUCUCCGAGCUCGGUGUUAAAACUGUUGUCCAUGAAAUCGAUGAGAUGGCGAAUGGUAAGGAGAUUGAGAAGGCACUUUCCCGCCUUACUGGGCGAAGUAAACCCGUUCCUGCUGUGUUCAUCGGUGGGAGAUUGAUCGGGUCUACUGAUGAAAUCAUGUCCCUUCAUCUUGGUGGUGACUUGAUCACACUUCUCAGAGAUGCUGGUGCGAUCUGGCUCUAAGUUGCUACUAUUAUCGUAGUGACAGAUUUUGAGUAGCUAGCAAGUUAUGAGAGUCGCAAGCGUGUUGCUUUAGUUGUAGACAGGUUCUCUUCGUAGAAUCUGUGAUGUAUCCUAUUUUCGAUAAGAAAUAAAGAACUAUCGCUUAUCGUAUGCAACAAUAAAGCUGUCGGUUUAUGUAC